AUGUAUAGCGAUACUGAAUGUACGCGUCGUACAGGAAAUUCAAUACGUAGUUGUCAUUCAACAUCAUUAUCAAAUCGUUAUAUACAUGGUUAUGGUAGUAACCAAGAUUUAUCAAAACGUCCACAAUUUCUGUCAUCACCAACAAUAUCAGAAAUUAUUUAUAAUGGUGAAACAUUUCCACUUCUAGCUGAAUUUUUACAAAUUCAUGGACGUGAAUCAUUAGUUGGAUUUUGUGCUAUUGUUAUUGCUAUAUCAAAUUUAACAUCAGAUAAACGACAAGCAUUAUAUGCUGUACGUGCUGCUUAUAAACAAUAUAUUAAUGAUGAAACAAUAUCAAACAGUUGGUUACAAUCAACAACAAAAGAUUUAAUUCGACAACAAAUAUCACAACGUAUAUUUGAUCCAUAUAAAAUAUUUCAACCAGCUAUGAAAGAUAUGUUACAAUAUUUAAAACAAAAUUUCUAUUCAAAUUUUCUUUCAUCACAAAUAUGGAAAAAUUAUUUAAGUAAAAAACAACAAGAUAAACGUAUUAAAGGAAGAAAUGCUUCAACACCAAAAAAAAUUAAUACAUCAAUAAGUACAUCAACUGUUAAAUCAUCAAAACAACCAAUAUGGAAAAGAGAUAUAUUAAUAAAUUUUAAUGGAAAUAAAACACUCGGUUCAACAAGUUCAACAACGACAACAAUUAAAACACCAUUAGCAUGUUUUAUACAAAAUAAAGAUGUACCAUAUAUGAUUCAUUUGAAUAUGCCUGUUGAGCGUAUUACAUUAGGUGAUAUUAAACCUCGUAUACAUCAUUUAGCUGGAAGAAAAUUUGAUAAUCAAACAACAGAAUGUCAUUAUUAUUUUAAACGUCGUACUGAUCCAUCUGAAAUAUGUUUAAUGAAUGAUGGUAUGACAUCAAAAUCUACAUAUGUGUAUGAAGAAAUUGAUAAUGACGAUAUUCAUACACCUGUACCACAUCUUGAUGGUACAAUUGUGUGUAAAUUUGACUUUUCAAAUUGA